GGCGGUAAAUCUAGUCAAUAUGCAAUUUGGAGCCAAAUUGUUUAUUUCCAUAUUGGAAAAAGCAGCAAAUAUAGUAUGUAACUGUCUUACAAUUAUAUAUACAGUUAAAAACGACGAAGAAAAAGAAAAAAUUGGCAAGGCAUUAUUUUCAUUAUUAAGUGUUUCAUCUAUUCUAUUACUUCGUACUAUAAUUGUUAAAACAAGAAAAUACCUACUUGUUAAGAAAGCCUUAAAACUUGAACAAGAACUUAAACUUGAAGUUGAAGAAUCAAUUAAUAAUAAUUCGGAUAUAUUUUAUGAUAUUACAAUAGGUCUUGUUAAGUAUGAUAGAGAAGUUGAUUACUAUAAUCGCAGGCUUACUACGAUACAUUAUGAAGGUCAAAACCGAAAUGAAAUUAUGCUUUUCCACAUACAAUUUAUCAAUUAUUUAAGUUAUAUAGAUCAACUUAAAUGGACGGCUUUAAUGUUUGUGAUGCUGAUAUCAGAAUUUAAUAUGAAAUAUAAUCAAUUCAAAUUAGAGUUAAAUAACUUUAUGACAAACAACUCUAUGGAAUAUAAUUUACAGAAUCUAAUUGUACUUAAAGGUCAAGUACUUAGACAUAAAAAUGACUCCAAAAGGAUAUCUACUUUAAUUGAACAUUAUAAACAGCAGAUAGAAACCUUGGUAACAAGGUUAUCAAAUAUGGCACAACCGCAUCAAAUUUGA